UGAAGGGGGCCAGAAGGAGAACGUCAUCAAUCUCAUUACAUAUAUAUAUAUGUAUAUUAAUUUCAAAAUUUGCAGGCCUGUCCAGGGAGCACCAAUGUGCCUGCCCACAGCCACAAGGCUCCAAAAGUAGGGUUUAGUUACACCCAAUCACAAACCCAUCAAGUGUCUCUCUGCCCUCUUAAAAUGUCAUGGCGUGAAACAGGGGACAGGGACAGAGACAGAGACGAAGAAGAAGAAGAAGAAGAAGAAGAAGAAGAGCUGCAACAAAACUACUUUUAUAGGUUUAGUGUUCGCUUGCAGUAGUCGAUGAUGAUGAUGAUGAUGGCGGCCAUGGCCUCCAAAACAGAACGAAGUUUUUGAAGCCCAAAAUUCGACAACCCACAACCUAAAUCAUGAUGCCUUAUCCACUUUUCUUAUUCCUACUACUCGUUCUCCUCUCUCUCCUCCCCGCCGGCAAACCAGACCUCGCCGCCGACAAAGCCGCCCUUCUCUCCCUCCGCUCCACCGUCGGCGGCCGAUCCCUUCUCUGGAACCUCUCCGACCCCACCGCUCCAUGCUUCUGGCCCGGGGUAACCUGCCAGUCGGGCCGGGUCACGGAGCUUCGCCUCCCCGGAAUGGGCCUCUCCGGCCGCCUCCCUUCCAACACAGUAGGAAAUCUGACCCGUCUGCACACGCUGAGCCUCAGGUUCAAUGCCCUGUCUGGCCCGCUUCCGGCGGACCUUGCCGCCGUCUCCGACCUCCGUAACCUCUACCUCCAGGGGAACCACUUCUCCGGCCCAAUUCCCGACUUUGUCUUCUCUCUGCGCAACCUCAUCCGCCUCAACCUCGCCUCCAACAACUUCUCCGGUGAGAUCUCGCCCGCCAUCAACAACCUUACUCGGCUCGGCACCCUCUACUUGGAGAAUAACAAACUCACCGGUUCGAUUCCCGACCUUAACCUCCCGAGCCUCGUUCAGUUCAACGUUUCCAACAACCAAUUAACCGGCUCGAUUCCCUCCAGACUUAGCCACCAUCCCGCCAGCUCAUUCGCCGGAAAUUCUCUCUGUGGCGGCCCGCUCUUGUCUUGCAACGGUACUUCAACUGAGAGCGAAAACAAACUCUCCGGCGCUGCUAUCGCCGGUAUCGUCAUUGGUUCGAUAAUUGCAUUCUUGAUCAUUCUAGCAAUUUUAAUACUUAUUUGCCGACGAAGAAGUGAAAAAAGAGAAUCGAAGGACGUAGCUAAAGUAAGGCAGACGGAAAUUGAAAUUCCGCGCGGAAAAUCAGCCGGAGAUACUAGUAGUUUCAGUGGGGGUGCUCCGGCGCCGGUAAGGAAGGUGGAUGCGGGUGCGAGCGGGAAGAAGAGCUUAGUAUUUUUUGGGAAAUCGGAGAGGGUGUUUGAUUUGGAGGACUUGUUGAGAGCGUCGGCGGAGGUGUUGGGAAAGGGUACAUUUGGGACGGCGUAUAAGGCGGUGCUGGAAAUGGGGACGGUGGUGGCGGUGAAGAGGCUGAGGGACGUGACGGUGCCAGAGAAGGAAUUCCGGGAGAGGAUGGAGGCGGUUGGAGCCAUGAAUCAUGAAAAUUUGGUUCCUCUGCGGGCUUAUUACUACAGCAAGGAUGAGAAGCUUCUUGUCUAUGAUUACAUGCCAAUGGGAAGCUUGUCUGCACUUUUACAUGGAAACAGAGGAACUGGUAGGACACCAUUAAACUGGGAAACAAGGUCUGCAAUUGCCCUCAGAGCAGCACGUGGGAUUGCGUAUCUCCACUCACAGGGCCCGGAAUUCUCCCAUGGCAACAUCAAAUCCUCUAAUAUCCUCCUUACUCAGUCCUAUGAGGCCCGUGUGUCUGAUUUUGGCCUUGCCCAACUUGUUGGACCCACUCCCACUCCUAACCGCGUUGCUGGUUACCGAGCACCCGAGGUGACCGACGCCCGGAAAGUCUCUCAGAAAGCUGACGUAUACAGCUUUGGAGUGUUGCUGCUGGAACUGCUAACAGGAAAGGCUCCCACUAACUCCGUCUUGAAUGAGGAGGGGGUAGACCUGCCAAGAUGGGUCCAGUCUGUGGUUGGGGAGGAGUGGACAGCUGACGUGUUUGACCUUGAGCUCCUUAGGUAUCAAAGCGUUGAAGAGGAGAUGAUUCAGCUCUUGCAGCUUGCCAUUGAUUGUGUUGCUCAUUACCCUGACAGGCGCCCCUCGAUGACUGAGGUGAAUACCCAAAUUGAAAUUCUUUGCCGUUCUAGUUUGCAUAAACAGCAAGAUCCUUUUGGUGACAUAACCAAUGGCGAGGACGAGCAGCAUGGCAAUGCUGUUGAUUCGGCUUCAGGUGCCGAUUGAAGAGAAUGCCCUUUCCUGUUUCGUUAUAUUUAGAAUACUCGAUCUGCUUUCUGUCGUUUUCUUUUACAAUUCUUUGGGCACGUUUGGUCGUUGAGAAUCUACUCUAUACCUUCUCUCUUUCGGUCAUCUGAUUGACCUUCCGGCAACUAAAUUUCUCCAUCCCCUGGUACUCGCCAUUUUCUGUGUAAUAUUCACUGUCAACUGUGAAUAAUUGUCAAUUUGUUGUUGUUGGUGGUGGUUGGCCCUGUAAUUACACAUCUUUUAUCCCUCCCUUUUUGUUUCGGAAUCUUAUGAGACAUUGAUAUUACUGAAACUGAGUGGCUUUGGUUUGCGUU